GGCGGGCUAAAGAGGUCGCGGGCACACGCGCAGUUGGGAGCAGAAGGGGGCCUUAGGUGCUGUGGCCGUGUGGUUUAGUUGGGUGCUGUUGGAGUCGUGUUGGUCCUCGGAAUUCCCUCGUAGCCACUGCCACCUUCCCUCGUCCUCGCUAUGUUCCUCACCCGGUCCGAGUACGACAGGGGCGUGAAUACUUUUUCUCCUGAAGGAAGAUUAUUUCAAGUGGAGUAUGCCAUUGAAGCUAUCAAGCUUGGUUCUACAGCCAUUGGGAUCCAGACAUCAGAAGGUGUAUGCCUAGCUGUGGAGAAAAGAAUUACCUCCCCACUCAUGGAGCCUAGCAGCAUUGAGAAAAUUGUAGAGAUUGAUGCCCAUAUAGGUUGUGCCAUGAGUGGGCUAAUUGCUGAUGCUAAGACUUUAAUCGAUAAGGCCAGAGUGGAGACACAGAACCAUUGGUUUACCUACAAUGAGACAAUGACGGUAGAGAGUGUGACCCAGGCUGUGUCCAAUCUGGCCCUACAGUUUGGAGAAGAAGAUGCAGAUCCAGGUGCCAUGUCUCGUCCCUUUGGAGUAGCACUGUUGUUUGGAGGAGUUGAUGAGAAAGGACCCCAGCUGUUUCAUAUGGACCCAUCUGGGACUUUUGUACAGUGUGAUGCUCGAGCAAUUGGCUCUGCUUCAGAGGGUGCCCAGAGCUCCUUGCAAGAAGUUUACCACAAGUCUAUGACACUGAAAGAAGCCAUCAAAUCUUCACUCAUCAUCCUUAAACAAGUAAUGGAGGAGAAGCUGAAUGCAACUAACAUAGAGCUAGCCACAGUGCAGCCUGGCCAGAAUUUCCACAUGUUCACAAAGGAAGAACUCGAAGAGGUUAUCAAGGACAUUUAAGCAAGAGUGAUCCUCAGAACUACUCUGGGACAAUUUCAGUUCUCCAGUUGCCCUUAAGUUUUACUUCCAGCUCCUAUUCCUUGGAAAAUCUCCAUUGUCUGUGCAUUUUUUUUUAUGAUGUCUGUACAUAAAGGCAGUUCUGAAAUAAAGAAAAUUUUAAAAUAUG